CCACAUUUCAAAAAAAAAAAAAAUUUCCUAUAAAUUCAACCCCCCCAAACCAAUCUCUCACACCUUCUCUUCAAUCUCUUCCUCUUUCUUAUUUUUAAAUUUCAAAAUUCAAACCCCCCCUCCCAAUUUUCAACAUGAAUCCUUCCGGCUCCGGCUUCUUUCCCGACGAUCUCCCGCCCGUCGACGCCGCGAUGUGGUAUUACCAAGAGUUGGGCGAUCGACCGCCGAUGUACAACACGCAACAGUCGGGGUACGUCGACCGAGAUUCGGUUCCGGAGACUCAACCGGAACCGUCCGNGUUGACCGAGGCGGCACGGUCAAUCCAAAAGUGGACGCCGGAGGAGGAGUGCAUAUUGGCGUCGGCUUGGGUUGACGUCUCCGAGCAUCCUAUCAUUGGUACGGAGCAAACGAAGGAUGCGAUGUGGGAUCGUAUCGAGGAGAAGUUCUUCACGGCGAUGAAGAAGGACGGCUCCUACCGAACCCGGGACCAACUCACUUCCAAAUGGAGCCACAUCAACAAAAAAGUCCAAAAGUUUAUGGGAGUUUACGGGGGAUGCUCCCGGUCCCGGAGGAGCGGCACGAACGACGCCGAUGUUCUCCGGCUUGCCACGACCCGAUAUCAAGACGACGGGAACCAAGGCAAGGUGCCCAUCGAUCUUUGGAGGAUUUUGAGUCGUUCCCCGAAGUGGCAACAACUCAACAAUCCCGACGGCGGAUCGUUCCGGAAUAGAUCCAUCGUCGACGCCGAGGUUGAGGUCGACGAGACUAUCGGUUCUAGCGAUCAAAUCCCUCCCUUCUACGUUGCGGAUUCCGAUGACGAGGACCCCAUUCCACGGCCGAUCGGAAGAAAGAAGGCAAAAUCCAUUGCCUCGGGUUCGGGAGGGUCCGCUCUGUUUCCGCUUUUCCCCGCGACGAAAUCGGCCGGGCAAUGAUUGAACAACUUCGGGCGUUCAAUCUCCAAGAACAAGAGAGGUUGAAGCUAAAGGAGAAGGAGUUGAAGCUAAAGGAGCAGGAGGCUGAGAUGAAAGUCAUGCAACCCGACCCCGGGACGUUGUCGGAGUUUGGACGAAUGAUCUAUGAGCAAAGAAUGAGAGAGAUCAAGGAGAAAUAUAAUUUACCUUAGUUUUUUUUAUUAAUGUAUCGUUUUUUAAAUUAUUGACGCUUUUUUUAUUUAAUGAAUG